AUGGAAAAUUCGAUUGAGAUUCCACCGCUGAAUGAAGAACCCGUGUUCAUCGUAGCCUUACAAGUCAUCUUUGUUCUACUUCUCAUCAUUUUCGGUCUCAUCGGAAAUUUCAGUGCUUGCGCUACGGUUUAUACACACCGUCAUCUUCAAACAGUCCCAAACUUCCUGAUUGUAAAUCUCAGCAUCUCAGAUAUUCUGCGAAUUGCCCUUACUCUCUCAGUUUCAGCCGGUGUCCUCAUAAAAAGGCAGUGGAUUUUAAACGAAACUCUCUGCCGCGUUAACGGCUGCUACACGCUGACGUUUCUUUUGGCGUCUUUAAUGUCAGUGACAAUUAUAAGCGCCAACAGGUAUUUUUUGAUCGUACGCCCCAGUGAAAGCGUCACAUUUUUCAGCAAACGAAGGACAAGAGCGAUGGUGGUACUUCUGUGGUUUCUCGCCGUGUUUAGUUCUCUUCCACCCAACUUUGGCUGGGGCCAUUAUGGAUUUUUCGCUUCUCGCGCGACUUGUUUCAUCGCUGUUGGAAGCAGUUACUCUUACACGACUUUCCUGGUGCUGGCAUUCAUUGCAACGCCAUUUUCGGUCUUGAUAUGGUGCUACUUCAAGAUUUACAUGGCUAUUAGAAGAAGCAGGAGACGUGUGAUGGAGCAGGGCGUGAGAACUUUAGCCAGGACACUGAGUGCGGAAGGUAAAGAAAGCCGGAUCCACAAGGAAGUAAGUAAUAAAAUUGGCUGUUUUAUAAUUAUUGUUAUUAAUUUACCUUGA